AUGGUGGUGGUGGUGGUGGGUGUAUUGGGGGCUUGGGUGGAGGGUCAUGGGAGGCUUGUUGACCCCCCUGCUCGCAGUACUAUGUGGAGGCUGGGCUUUAAUACUCCAGUACAUUAUAAUGAUCAUCAACUCUUCUGUGGCGGCUACUCGGCUAAAUUAAAUUCGCUUAACCGCGGCCGGUGCGGAGAAUGCGGUGAUCCCUGGGACCUGCCCAGACCACGUCCCAACGAAGCCGGUGGGACUUGGGGGACCGGUACCAUUUCCAAGGUCUACCGGGAGGGCCAGGUGAUGACAGCGACGGUGCACCUGACGGCCAAUCACAUGGGUUGGUUCGAGUUCCGCCUGUGUCCUAACAACGACCCGCAGAAGUACGUGAAGCAAAGCUGUCUUAACAAGAAUGUUCUUCACCUCGUUGACCACCCCGGCACCAGUGCCACUCCCCCGUCAUCUCAAGUGGCCCUCUCUGUCGACAGGUAUCAACUGAAGCACUCACAGACGGGGCUCUUCCGCAUCCGUCUGCAGCUGCCAGCUGGCCUUACCUGUAGCCAGUGUGUCGUUCAGUGGCACUACACGACAGGUAACAAUUGGGGCUUCUGUAAGGACGGCAGUAACAAGCCGGGAUGUGGACCCCAGGAGGUGUUCCGCGGGUGUUCCGAUAUCGCUGUCUUCGCCCACGUUGAUGCUACUUACUUCCAGUUCCUUAACCUCACCACCGAAGGCGACCUUUCUAAGUUCCUAAAGCUGAAGGACGCCAUCGAUUACAAAGACGAUGACAAAAAAUUCAACAGUCAGCUUAAGCUUGAUGAAAGUGAGUUCGUCGAUCCCUUCGACGCUUCUGACGAUGAAGAUUUACUCGACGUAUCCAAGGUCGUCGACAGUGACGAUCGUCCCAGUGGAGAUUUGCCAGGAGAGAACGAGGUGGGGAGGCCUGCCACAAGCAGUAGGCCUCUGCACCAGCUGCUGGCCUUGCACAGGGGCCCUGAACCAACCUCCAGACCUUCCAUCACCUUCCUCGACGACAACAACCCCAAGAACCUCGACGACAGCGAGCCACGGGUUCCAUCACCCAUACAACGACCAGAACCACUGGUCUCUACGAGCGACCAGGUCCUCAGGAACUCUCAACAUUUCCCUGAGAGAGAGAAAGCGACGACGCCGAAGGAGUACGUAUCUUCUGAUAAAUUCCGAAGAGUUAUCCAGUUCGAGGACGACGAGCAGACAUCAGCUGCAACGCCCUUCUUGCCAGGUCACAACAAUAACGAUAACCCUCACGAGUCAGUCAUCAAUUCUUACUCUCUUGGACUCACACAGAGCCACGUAGACACUCCUCAGAUCAUCCCUCAGCCCCAGAGCCGACAAACAACCGACCAGAACCACCAAUUAAACAGUCACAGCCUCCAAUCAACUGGCCAGAAUCAGCAAUUAAGUCGUCAGAACCAUCAAUCCAUCAGCACCUCAGGAGAGCUCGACAGUCUGUACUUAGAACAGGCUGGCAGUGAGCGCUCGUCCGUGGAAGGAUCGUCAGGUACGGAAGAGAGUAAUGUGCUGCCUAAGAGAAUGACGUCCCUGGCAUCAUGGGAGGGCCAGGCAGUGUCAGUGCCGCGUGUAGUGCCUAUUUUGAGUGGCGCAACGCCUGUAAUGAUGCAGAACGACGCCUCCGCCUCCGCCUCUUCUUCCGGGUCUGUGCCAUUAACACUGCAGGUUUGUGGAUAGUCUUGUUUGUAACCUUUAUGUACACAACACUUACACAAGCACACUGACAUAAACAAUGAAAGGAACUGACAAGGUGGGUAGGGACAGAAUGUUUCAGAGAUGGGACACAGAAAAAAGGGGUCACAACUGGAAGAUGAAAACUCAGAUGAGCCACAGGGAUAUUAGAAAGUAUUUCUUCAGUCACAGAGUUGUCAGGAAGUGGAACAAUCUGGAGAGUGAUGUAGUGGAGGUCGAAUCCGUACAUACCUUUAAGAAGAGGUACGAUAAAGUUCUUGGAGAAGGGAGAGAGUACACCUAGUAGCAACUACUAGCAAAGAGGCGGGGCCAGGAGCUGUGAAUCGAUCCCUGCAACCACAAAAAGGUGAGUACAUAAACACAAAAACAUUGUCAAUUACACUUGACAUUCCAAAUCCCUUCCACCAUUCCCUGACUAAGCUCAAUGAAGUGUUCUAUGCUCAAAAUCCCUUCACCUAAAUCACCAUAAAUCCGAGGAAUUGGC